CUCCACAACCUCACAUGCAAUACCAAACCUCUGAAUAUUGUGCUUCUCUUUCCUCUCACAGAAUUCUUUUAUUUUCCAAACCCAGUUUUCUGAUUAAACAUGGGAAAUUGCAUGCAGAGAGGCCGUAAAAGGCGAGAGGAAGAGGCGAGGCAACAGCUACAAGAAGAGGGAACAAAAGGGUUUGUGAAAGAGAGUGUGGAUUGUGUUAAAGGCGGUGGUGGCGGUUUAAAGGUGAAGAUAGUUCUGACAAAGGAGGAAUUGCAGUGGUUGAUGAUUCAGCUGAAGAAAAAUGAAGGGAACAGAUUAGAGGAUGUCUUGGCUGAAAUUGGGAGAGAAAGAGGGAAAGUUGAAGCUUGGAAACCUUCUCUGGAGAGUAUAAUGGAGGGCCCUGAAGUUCUUGAGAUGGAUAGAUGAAACUUUUAUUAAACCAAUUUUCCUCCUUUUUCUCAGAUUUUUCCUUAUUGAAUUUGUUAUAUAAAUACCUUUUCAGGUUUUUCUUAGACUACUACCCUUUUCUCCUUUGAGGUUUUCAUCAUCUUCUUCUUUCUUGUCCUCUGAGGUUUUUGACUUGGAUGAUGAUCCAAAAUGGUUGAGAAGUGAGUAAUUAAGACUUUGAGAUGUGGUUUAUGACCCAUAAUUACUUCAUAAUUAAGGGUUUUUUGGACUAAUAUUUGUACUUGGGAUGUAAUCUACGUGUACUUGUAGCCCUUGAUUGUAAUUAAGUACUAGUUGUACCAAUAAUCCAGCAAAAACA